AUGGAGUCGGGUUGUGUAAGCGGCGCGGCGUUCGCCGGUACUGUGGCAGCGGCGCUUAAAUUCUUCGCAGCAUCACAAUGCAUACUAUCAGAGAAAUGGCCUCCGCAGGCCAACAUAGCGGACGGGUCUUCUUUCGACUUCAUAGUGGUGGGAGGAGGUACGGCAGGGUCAACGUUGGCAGCCAGGCUGUCGGAGAUGCAGCAGACUGUGCUGCUGAUAGAGGCGGGGGAUGACCCGCCCCAGGACAGCAAUAUUCCAGCUUACAAAGAUUCAUUAAAAAGAGCUGUCUUCGAUUGGAACUUCACCACCACCAAUGAUUACUACUCCAGUCAGGCUUUGUACGACGGAGUCCAGGUACAGCCGCGAGCCAAGAUGUUAGGAGGCUGCGGUUCCAUCAACGACAUGAUAUAUUCGCGCGGUUUUCCCGCGGACUAUGAAGAGUGGGCCUCUAUGAUCGGGGAGGAGUGGGGCUGGAGUAACGUGCUCGAGUAUUUCAAGAAGUCGGAACGUCUGACGGAUCCAAGAAUUCUUCGUUACCCUGAACUAGCUGAACUUCACGGUCGAGAUGGAGAAAUUGAGGUGUCCGGGUCCGAUGAUGCUCCGCUAAAUGUCCAGAAAUUUCUAGAAGCCUUUCGAGAAGUAGGUUUUAAUUUUGUAAAGGACAUGACGAAUCCUUCUAGUAUUGGAGUCGGCAGGUUUUCUCACACAAUAAGGAACGGGAAGAGAGACAGCAGUCUCACUGCCUUACUGAAUAAGGCAGCUUCGAGACCCAAUUUGUUUGUUUUAAAAAGAGCUUUGGUGACAAAAAUAAUAAUACGGAACAAUACGGCACAUGGUGUUCGAGUAUUGUUGGAAAAUAACACUGAGGUGCAAUACUUAGCGAACAGAGAAGUCAUCGUGACCGCGGGAACGUUUAACACUCCUAAACUGUUACUUCUAUCAGGCAUCGGCCCUCGAGAACAGUUGACAGACUUGAAUAUACCUCUGGUUGUGGAUUUGCCGGUUGGAGAGAAUCUUCACGACCACACGAUGGUGCUCAUGUAUUUUGCAGCAGAAAGUGGGACGUGUAAUAUUGACGAGAAGUCCUUAUACAUGGACACAAUAAGAUAUCUGUAUGAUGGAAGUGGAAUGCUAUCAAAAACAUCUGAAGUCGGUGCAUAUAUUUCAUUCAACACAUCGAAUAAAAAUGUUCCUGAUUUUGCUAUCUACCCUAGUUGUAUGCCUGUGAAUACAGAAUUCUAUGAAAGUUGUAGGAGCGUUUUAAAUUUAAGUCCACAUAUUUGCUCGAAAAUUCAAGAAGUGAAUAAAAGGUAUGAGAUUUUCACAUUGAGCGUCGUGAAUCUGAAGCCAAACUCAAGGGGAAGGGUUCAACUGAAGUCAGCGGAUCCUUUGGACUCGCCUCGCAUCUACUCGGGAACGUUCAGCGAUCCCAGUGACUUGACAUAUUAUCCUGACGCGAUUCGAAAAGCUUUAUCUGUCAUCAAAACCUCAUAUUUCCGAUCUAAAAACGCUUUCCCGUUAGACUUCAGCUUGAAGAAAUGUAUUCUACUAUCUGAUGACGAACGUCUCAAGUGUAUAGCAAAGAAUACUGCGAUGACAGCUUGGCAUUCCGUUGGAACAGCUCCUAUGGGAACAGUAUUGGAUUCCAAAUUACGAGUUAAAGGUGUUUCCGGCUUAAGAGUAGCCGACGCUAGCUCGAUGCCCAAAGUGAUUCGAGGGAAUACUAAUUCUCCCGUGGUUAUGAUAGCGGAGAGAGCAGCAGAUUUUAUCAAAGAAGCCGUUGGAAAACCAUACCACACGCCGACAUCCACCAAGCCGACGAACUGGAAAUAUAAAUACCCUAAACCAAACCAGAACAUACGACCGAAUAUUAACAAUCAUCCCGAAGCAGACACCAUCAUGUAUAACGACCAGAGUUCAUAUACAAACUCGUUAAAUAGUCCCAACCAGUACAAUAACUUUCCGAAUAGAUACCCAGCGUCUGGCACGAAUCCUAACGGCUUGACGGGCUGGGCGGCGGUCGCUACUACGGCCAUUGAGACGGUCGGAUCAGUUGUAGAUACAUUCAUCAAAGUAAGGAUACCACAACUUGGUGGACUAUUAGCAGGCAGCUACAACAACAACCCGAAAGAUGUCGGAAAUAUAUCAAGCACUGAGAAUUAUGACAACACAGAAACAACGAUACCACCAGGGCAGUCUUAA